AAUCUAGGGACGGGAGUAAUACGGAGUGGAUAUCCGAACAUAACACGGAGAAUGGGGGACGGGUCUCCAGGUCCCCGCAAGAAAAAAACGUGGGGGCUACCUGAUGACCGGUAGUGCAAAGUCUCUCCUCUCCAUGGAAGUAGUAAUGCGGAGGCGGAAGAAGAGCCAACUGCUACUAUUCUUGUUGAUACUACUACUUACUUGUGUAGCCUACUUUGCACUGCACUCCACCCUGCCUGGAAGUAAUGAGCUCGCCAGCAAAGAGAGAAUAAAUGGCCUUCAGAACAGCAGCUGGCAGGUCGCAACUUUUCCCGCAAAUGUGUCCCUUACCGGAAACGACUGCGGCACUACUGCCACGCUUCCCUGCUGGAACCGAAGAACGUGGAGCUUACCCAAGAGGGGAAACUCUCCCAGCCGCACCCCGACUUUGGGACCUUUGACCUCGUUCAUACCCACAUGAUUAUUCGUCACGGCGACAGGACACCCGACACGACAAAACCGGAGAUUGGCCACCCCAGCGUCGACUACAAGUGUGGCGUUGCCGGUAUCGUUCAUCGUUCGGAGACGUGGGGGGCACACCGACCUAAUUUAUGGACCGGUCUCAAGGACUUCCCCCCGCUGUCACCCGUCGGCCCCGGCAACAUCAGAAACGGGGGACUCCGACUCCACCCCGGGUCCGUAAACAUGACCUGUGGAGUGGGGGACCUCACCGCUCGCGGAUUCCUCCAACUCCACAACCUGGGUACCUUACUCCAAAUGUCGUACGGGCAACUUUUCCCCAGCAUGGACAUGACCACCGACAUACACGUUCAGAGCACCGACUUCCGCAGGACCAUUCGCAGUGCCGGCGCGUUUUUACUGGGAUUUGUUCCAAACGUCCCGAAAAUUCGCGAGAUGGUAAAAAUCCACAUAGAACCAGGUGGCCUAAGUCAAGCCCCUCCGAAUGGUGUACCACUUACUUACAAACCCUGUAGAAAUCUUCGGAAUGUGAGGGAAACUGAGAACGAGAAAAGAGGGUAUUACGCUAGGGAAAAAGAUUUUCACUGGAUGUACGAUAAAGUCGUCGACUUGUUUAAUCUAUCCGUUACCCCUGCAAUUCAAUGGACUGAUUUAUUUGAUAAGUUUGUUACUAGGGGCUGCCAUGCACUGGACUCGCACUCGAUUCUUCCCUGCACAAAGGAUGGAGUUUGCAUCGAUUGCAGGCUGGGUAGAGGUAUGUUUGAGUAUGCCGACUGGAGCAUGGCCAGCAGAUACCCACCAAACUCCUCGCUCCUGGCCCUCACUCCGUUCCUGAAACACUCACUGCUGGAACCAAUUGAAAGGAUAAUUGCAGGGGACCAAUCCUCGUUAAAGUACAGGAUAAUGCUCACAUUUACGCAUGACUCUGUGUUGAAUCGUAUAUUCAAGGCCCUUGGGCUUCCGCUAAAGGAGUGGGUCCCCUAUGCCUCCAGGUUCUCCUUCGAGCUCUGGAAAGGGGCCCCUUUCAUGCAGACACCGACAUACUACCUGCGAGUGCUAUUCAACGGCAAAAUAGUGACACCCUUCUCCAACGGAGACGAAAUUGUGAAUUUUUCCAAAUUCAAAGAGAACGUUGUUCCCGUGGACCUGUGGGCUUACAACAAACUAUGUGGUAUCUAG